GUCAAGUGUUGGAAUUAGUUGCUUUGACGUGUCUUUCUCUCAUAAUUUGUUAAUUUUUGUGUAAAAUAGUGAUGAUUUUCUAACUAAUAAAGUUAAUUAACAUCAAAGGAAAUUUUCCGAUAUUUUCUAACAGAAUGGAUUUUCUGAAGAGCGGUCUGAAGACCGUUCUUGGUGCGCCGGAACCUGGCCAUCAUCCUUCAGGCGCUGAAACGGUAGAGCGAUUGGUGGAGAGAGUCAAUAAUUCAACACUAUUGGAAGAUCGCAGAGAUGCAUGCAGAGCAUUGAAGGCUAUGUCCAGGACAUACAGAGUAGAGGUGGGAGCUCAGGGGAUGGAGACAUUAAAGCAGGUUUUAGAAUUAGAUCGUGCUGACAGUGAAACAAUAAAUCAUGCUCUUAAUACUUUAAAUAACGUUAUGUCGCCGUCACAAUUCGAAGAGGAAGAAGAUAAUCCUCAAGUACCAAUGAAUAUCGGAGAGCAGUUCUCGGAAAUGUUUAUAAAGGAUCAUAAUAAUGUACAAUUAAUUCUAGAUUUACUUGACGAGUAUGACUUCAGAGUGAGACUGUCCGCAGUGCAGUUGCUAACGUCUUUGUUAACGAAUAGACCGAAAGAUAUGCAAGAAAUAAUUCUCGUUAAACCGAUGGGUGUGUCUAAAAUGAUGGAUCUUCUAAGUGACAAUCGAGAGGUUAUACGAAAUGAAACAUUACUUCUAUUAAUAAAACUAACAAAAGGUAAUGCGAAUAUACAAAAGAUUGUCGCAUUUGAAAAUGCAUUUGACAGAUUAUUCGAAAUAGUGUCAAGUGAAGGAUUCUCUGACGGUGGAAUUAUUGUUGAAGAUUGUUUAUUAUUGAUGUUAAAUUUAUUAAAGAACAACAAUAGUAAUAUAAAUUUCUUCAAAGAGGGAAGUUAUAUUCAACGGAUGCUGCCGAUGUUUAACACACCGGAGGAGAAUGAGGAUGCAGGGUGGUCACCGCAGAAGGUCUCAAAUGUUCACUGCAUGCUCCAUAUAGUCCGUACAUUGGUAUCACCGAGUAACUCAGUACAGAUAGUCUCUGAUUGUCAAAGAAUAUUAAAGAAUGCAGGAUUAUUGGAUUCUCUGUGUAAUAUAUUAAUGGCAAGUGGUGUACCAGCUGAUAUACUAACGGAGACAAUAAAUACAGUCGGAGAAGUUGUCAGAGGGAAUAUUGUAAACCAAGAAUUUGUUGGUAAUGUAAUGGCGCCUUCAAAUCCGCCGCGGCCUGCUAUAGUAGUGUUACUGAUGUCUAUGGUCAAUGAGAAGCAGCCAUUCUCUUUAAGAUGUGCAGUUCUAUAUUGUUUCCAAUGCUACCUAUAUCACAAUGAGACUAGUCAAGGGAACCUAGUUCAGACACUCCUACCAUCUUCCACUGAUGUAUCAAAUCUAACAAGCGGUCAAUUACUCUGUGGAGGUCUCUUCUCCUCUGAUGUGCUAUCAAAUUGGUUCUCAGCGGUAGCUCUGAUGCAUGCAUUGAUAGAGAAUCCUAUACAAAAGGAGCAAUUGCUGCGAGUGUUGUUGGCAACUAAUAUUGGAAGUACUCCCGUCUCGUUGUUACAUCAGUGUACACUGUUGUUGCAGCAGACGACGAAAUUGCAGUCAAAGGUGGCGCUGCUGAUGCUGCUGAGCCAGUGGGCGGCGCGCUGCGGCGCGGCCGUGAGCGCGGUGCUGCGCGCGCCCGGCGCCGUCGCCUACCUCGUCAACCAGGCCUGCUGCAACGACCACGACGACAACGAGUACCUGCUGCAAGGUCUAUCGGCGUUCCUGCUGGCGAUCUGCAUCCACUUCAACGAGGACUCGGUGGAGGGCUACACGCGCGAGGCGCUGAAGCAGCUGGUGGUGCGCCGCGUCGGCAUGGACACCUUCGUGGGCAAGCUGGCCGAGGUGUCGCGCCACGAGCUCUACAACAAGGCGGCGAAGCACCCGCAGCUGAGGGCGAAGGCGCCCGCGGAAGUGCUCAUCGAUUACGAGUUCUGCAGGCUCUUUAAAGUACUGGAAAGUGUGGUGGUGCAGAGCCUGGUGGUGAAGGAGGAGGUGGCGGAGGCGGGGGCGGGGGCGGGCGCGGGCGAGGAGGCGGCGGGGGGCGGGGGGGCGCUGGCGCAGUACAAGGCGCUGAUCCGGCAGCAGGACGCCCGGCUGCAGGAGCUGGUGGCGCAGCUGGAUGAUAUGCUGCAGCAGAACCAUGCGCUACAGGUGGCAUUAAACGAGUCGCAAUCGUCAAAUUCCCUUCUAAAAGAUGAGAAUACUUUACUAAAAGCGCAAGUUUCCGCACAAAGCUCGUCCAUACAGCCGACACACGAACACAACCCGCACGAGGAUAGAAUAAACCAACUAACCGCAGAAAUAAGCAGACUGAAUAAUCUAUUAGAAACCACACAAGAAGAGAAGAAGAACCAAGAAGUAGAGUUAGAGAAAUUAAAGAACGAUCAAGAUGAUCUACUAAUACUGCUUUCGGAUCUGGAUAUUAAAGUAAAUGAAUACAAAGCACGGCUCGUGUCGUUGGGAGAGAAAAUUGAAGAUGACACUCCGGAGGUACAGGAAGCCAACCUCACAUAAAUACAUUAUGUAUGGAUAUUGUGAUAUAUGUUACUAAUGGAUAAUAUUCACACCCCUACUCUUACUACAUUCUAAUAGGGAAAUAAGAAAGGAGGACUGGGAAGAGAGGUAAUGUAUAGAAAUUGUUUUGUACUGUUCCCCAACGGUCUAGAUAUUUGCAACCUUUUAACCUUGUAUUGUAAAUUAUAUA